AGACAAGUCCAACGUAAAAUUCAAUCGACUCUUCACAUAAUAAAACUUCAACUUAGAAACUCGUAAUUGCCACCAAGUCAAAGCCCCCAUGGCUAAUCUAGACAUAGUUUGAAGGUAACUUGCUGCUACUUUCCAGCGUUGAGUUCGGCCCAAUAAGCCACUUUUAGAAAAAAGAUUUCGUCCACUCCAGUUUGAGCUAGAUCUGCCAAUCUUAAGGCCCAUAUCUUCUCUUGUCUUGCCUAUCUUUUCGUGAUGGAGUUAAUCCGGUUCAAACCCGUUAGCUUUUAAAACAAAGACAUUAAUAAAUAAAUAGCUUGCUUGCUAAUUGUAGUCGGCAAACAUUUAAACGAAACUUGUGUGAACGAAACUUCAUUUCUAAACGAAACUUCUGGUCACUAACACAUGAAAUCCUUGUUCCCACGAUUUCUAAACGAAACUUCCGGUCACUAACACAUGAAAUCGUAUGUUUGACAUUAGCCAACAAUUUUGUAUUUGGUGCUUGUCUUUUGCAAAUAAGCUUUUGCUACGACUCAUUUGCUGUCCUACUUUAAUUUCUUACCUUACAAUUUACAAUCCUCAAUUUGCCAUUUAGUGCGUAGUAUUUGUUUCGAGAUCUAAUUUUCUUCUUGAUUCAACCUUGCAUUUCUUUGCACCAUAUUUGCUUUUCUUCAAACUUGGUUUUGGAUUUUCAUUAGUUGAAUGAAUAUGGCAUGUAAAACGACACCCUGUUGGUUGAUUCUUGUUCUUCUGGGGCUUUUAAACAUUCAACAAAUCGAACCUCGGGAACCAAAAGUGCCCUGUUAUUUUAUUUUUGGAGACUCAUUGGUUGACAGUGGAAAUAAUAAUAACCUUUCUACUGCAGCUAAAACCAAUUACCCACCAUAUGGAAUUGACUUUCCUGGUGGACCUACUGGAAGGUUUACCAAUGGUCGAACGUUCACGGACUUUUUUGCUCAAUUCUUGGGUUUUGAGAAUUUCAUCCCACCCUUUUCAACUGCUAAGGACGAGGAGGUCCUCCAAGGUGUCAACUACGCAUCUGGUUCAGCAGGAAUUCUUGAUGAAACUGGGAGAAAUUUGGGCAUCAACAUUGGCUUCAAUAAGCAGAUAAAAAAUCACCUUAUAACCGUUUCACGCAUUGUUAGCAUGCUAAAAGAUCAGAACUUGGCUACCAAGCACCUGAACAAAUGCUUAUAUUCAGUUGCAAUAGGAAGCAAUGAUUACAUUAACAAUUACUACAAGCCUGCUUUUUAUACAAGUAGUUCAACUUUUUCCCCUGAGCAAUAUGCCACAGUUCUUAUCAAACAAUAUGCUAAGCAGUUAAAGAAUUUGUACGGUUUAGGAGCAAGGACGGUGACCUUGAGUGGACUGGGGCCGAUAGGGUGCACCCCAGAUGCAAUAAUUUCGCAUGGAACAAAUGGCAAAUUAUGCGUCGAGGAAGUGAAUAAUGUCAUCCAAUUUUUCAAUAACAAACUCAAGCAACUCGUUGACGAGCUUAAUGAAACAUUCCAGGAUGCAAAAUUUAUCUUUUUGGAUAACUUCGGGCCGUUGCUUCGACGUGUUUCUUUACUUGGUACAGGUUCUUUGUUGAAAUUGGCCGCAUGUUGUGAUGUCGAAAUGCGAACAGGUCAAUGUAUCCCAAACAAAGCUCCUUGCAGGGACAGGAAAUUCUUCCUGUUCUUUGAUAAUUUUCAUCCUUCCGAGGCUAUUAACUUCUUAGUUGCAAAAAACCACCGAACAAAAUUAUUUCGACCCUCUUUGAAAGAUAUCGCUUCUGACAUUCGUGGCCUGAUACCCUGAUUACUCACCAUUCGAAAUAGCUAGAAGCCAGGAGCUGUUGUUUUCUUUCCAAAGCAGUGAAAACAACUGUUAUUUUAUUUAUUUAUUUAUUUUUGGCAUUUUGACAAAUUGUAUACUUUAAAGAUUAAAAAACUUAAGUAGCAUAAACGUUUCCACUUGAAAUUUUGAUUGCUUUGAAAUUUGAAUAUGAAGUGAAUUACCAUGUAAUAAAUGGCCUGAGAAGGGACAACUUCAUGUUUUCUUUUCCAACGAUAUUUCUGCAUAUGGAAUUCAAGACAAGCAGUA